GCCGUUGAUUUUGGUGACUAAUAUUAAACUCAGUGGACCGCGUUACACUUGAUUGUGGCUUCAAUAUACGUUAUAGGAAAAAGUGAAUUUAAAAGGCAAAGGAAAAAAACCAUUUUGUGUCAUCCCCUUCCCCACUUCCAACCAAAAUUAAUUUAAAAUGUCAAAUAUUUUUUCAUUUUCCUCUUUUCGAAAUUAAAGAAAACCCUAAACGCCGUUGUCUGAUAUUGAGAGAGAGAGAGAGAUUAAAAACUUCUUCUGGUUCCUUUUAUCAACAUUUUUUCUCUCUCUUAAAACUUCGAAGCGAUUUUUGAUUUACAGACUAUGGAAAUGGAAUCAUUCAUGGACGACCUUUUGAACUUCUCUGUACCGGAAGAGGAAGAAGACGACGACGAACAUACGCAACCACCGAGGAAUAUUACUCGCCGGAAAACUGGAUUACGGCCAACAGACUCCUUCGGUCUCUUUAAUACCGACGACCUUGGAGUGGUUGAAGAAGAGGAUUUGGAAUGGAUUUCAAACAAAAAUGCUUUUCCGGUGAUUGAAACAUUCGUCGGUGUAUUACCGUCGGAGCAUUUUCCUAUAACGUCUCUUCUGGAAAGAGAAGCGACUGAGGUAAAACAGCUGAGUCCGGUUUCAGUACUUGAGACGAGUAGCCAUAGCUCCACAACGACUACCUCAAACAGUAGCGGCGGAAGUAACGGAAGCACGGCCGUGGCUACGACCACCACCACUCCAACAAUAAUGAGCUGUUGCGUUGGUUUUAAAGCGCCGGCUAAAGCGAGAAGCAAGCGUCGUCGUACAGGACGCCGUGAUUUACGAGUUUUGUGGACAGGAAACGAGCAAGGAGGAAUACAGAAGAAGAAGACGAUGACUGUGGCGGCGGCUGCGUUGAUUAUGGGAAGGAAGUGUCAACACUGUGGAGCGGAGAAGACUCCGCAAUGGAGGGCAGGACCAGCGGGGCCUAAGACUCUGUGUAACGCUUGUGGCGUGAGGUAUAAGUCCGGGAGGCUAGUUCCGGAGUAUCGUCCAGCGAACAGUCCAACUUUCACGGCGGAGUUACAUUCGAAUUCUCACCGGAAGAUUGUAGAGAUGAGGAAGCAGUAUCAGUCCGGUGACGGUGACGGUGAUCGGAAAGAUUGUGGAUAAAAAGUGAUUAGGAUUAAUUUUUAUUUUUUCGGAGAAACUUUUUUUUUUUUUUUUUCGUUUAAUUUCUCUUUAUUUGUUUUUAAAGUCUGUUUUAGGGUUUUGCAGUUGGAAUUUAGGUUUUUAAUUUUUUGCUUAUCUUUUUUAUUUGUGAAAUUAGUGGUAAUUACUUAUUUAGGGAAUAUUAUGGUCAUGGAAUGGAAGAUAACUUUCUCAUUUUACUGUUUGUUUGAUUCUAAUGGUAAUUUUAAAAAAUAGAAGAAAAAA